UUUGCAAUUGUUUUUAAAGGGCACGUCAGGCCAAAACCCCCGGCGGUAUUUUCGAGGCCACGUGAGGCAUCCACAUUACAAUGCCUAGCUGGACAGCUCACCAGUGCAAUGGCUAGGGGUAGCAAGCCGCCCUGACCUAGCAACCUGACCUCUGCUCGAAAUCCGGCUGGAAUCCGCCAAGAUGCGGAGGCCGACAAGGGAACGAGGGAGAAGAGGAGGAAGACGAGGCCGAGGGGGAAGCAACGACAACCCCAAAGCGAAGAGACGACAACGCGGGAGGACAGGACACGAGAGGGGAGGCGACAGAACGAGGAGAUAAGACAAAAAAGAGCCAGAACGACACGAGAAGAGCGGGACCGGGCCUCAGAGCUGGAGCAAAGCUGGAAUGAAGAUGUGGAUGGGAGCAAAAUUGGAAGCAGCCCGAACGACGACGCGAGCAGGCCGCCGUAGCACAUGCGGUUGAACCAGCUGCCCACCACCAGGGAAACCCACGCCAAUGCCACCAUUGAUAAAUGUUGCCCACAGAGCCCCCUGUUUCCAAGUAGCGGCAAAAUGCACAACCACCAUUGUCGGGGCGGGUUAUGAGGAUCGGCACAGCGUAACCUGUGCAUCCAUGAACGCUGCAACACGCCUCGCAGCUGACAUUAUAUCGAGGAGAAGGCCCGAGUACCCUCCAACUCCAAGCCAUUACAGAAUACAACAGAGUCCCAAUCAGCAGAAUUUCAACGCAGUGUCGAAGGAUAACCAAGAGUUAUCGGUGUUAUAAGCGUGGAACGAAUCAGCGAGGCUAGCACGAGCCAGGAGCGCCCCCGCAAGCGACCCCGCCUCAGAGGGGCGGCGUGGCGAAGACGGCCGCCAGCAUCGGCUCGCCUCCCCGAUGGGCCCGCGGCGCGGCCCUCGCAGCGGUUGAGGCCCACGGCCAGGCGCAGCCAGGCAGCGAUCCCCAGCGACCGAGAGGAGACGGACCGCACGGCGAAAACUGUGACGCCCUCCGUGACAGCAGCAAGCCGGCCCUGCCAUCAGGAGGCAAUCGACGAUGACGAGGAGCUCUGGGCAGCCACGUGGCGGAUGGAGAUAGCCGCCUGGCGGAACGCGACGCCGAGCAUGAUCUCCUCGCGGUGGCCGCUCUGGGCGCCCAGCUCGUGGUGCCGCCUAGCCUCCAUCUCGACGUGCUCCAGGAUCAUGUGCGUCUCCAUGCCGGCGGAAGAGAGCAGUCGGACCUCUGCCAAGGCCUGGAGGUAUGCGGCACUGCGCUUCUGACACGUGGGGGCCCACAGGGGAGCCCGCAGAGAGGCCCGGCGAUCAUCUCCUCGUGCUCCAUGGGCUUCGCGUGCCCCAGCGGCGGCUCGGGCGGCAGCGGCUGCAGGGGCUUCCUCAUGCGCCAGCAGGCUGAGGUCGCCAGGCUCCUCAGCCAGGGCGCGCAGGUCGCUCCGGCCCUCCAGCAAGGCGGGGCCGCUAUCCGGCAGCUGCUCCUCCGGCAAGCGUUCCGGAAGGAUCGGGGCCGCGGGCGGCCCGGGCUCGCCGUCGGCGCCGAUGCCGAGGAGGUCCCGCGAGCCGAUCCAGGGCAGCACGCGGCCCCGCCCAUAGCAUGGGAAGGGCGAGAAGGUGCCCACGGGGACAAUGACGUCCUGCCACCAACACGCCGCCAGGUCGCCUGCCCGGGGGCUGUCCUCGCGCUCGGUGUCAGACUCGUCGAACUUCGUGAUGACGAAACUUGCACAGGUGCUCGUGUGAGCGCCCUCGGGGGCGGGGGCGUCUCCGCGCGCACUCAGGCGCUCCAAUCCACCUCCGUCUCCGCCCCGCUCUCCUCCGCGGUGAAGGUAUCCACGGUCGGGUCCAGCAGCGGCGUUUGCGUCAGAGGCGGCAGCGCCAUCGCCCCCGCGUCGCGGCCAGGCUCCAGCACCAUCGCCACGUCGUCGCCAGACUUGAUCGUGCAGUCGCUCGUCGGCUGGGUCUCGUCGGCCUGCCGCGGCCCCGGCGGCGUGAGCGGCGUCUGCAGGCGCACCAGCGGGCCGCCCUCGGCCAUCAACGGCGUCUCGAUGUGCACCUCGACCCGUUCGUGCUUCGGCGGGUCCCCCUCGUCGUGCGUUGGCGGCUGCUCGGACAGCCGCGGCGGAUCCUGCCCAGGCAACAGCGACGGGGCCGCAACGACGCGCAGCAUCGAUGCUAGCUCGAGGCGCGUUGCGGAUGCCCGCUGAGCCAGCGGGCAUUGCGUUGGCAUUGGAUUGGCCAUGGCGUUGCAUCGCAUUGGCAUUGCGCAAGCAUGACGCUUGGCAGUGCGUUGGCAUUGCGCUCGCAUGUCGAAAACACACACACACAUUUGUGGUAGAGGUCGCGGCCCUGGCCCGGGCCCUGGUCCCCUGUUAUAUGUAUACUACUCCCCUCUCGCCCCUGAUGACGUUCGGGAGAUCUCCGACCCCCCUCCGCGUACUGAUUUUUGACAGACAGGACAAUACUCGUCGCCACGAACUCCAGGGCCCUCUGCGCGGCGUCGCGCUGCGCCAGCUUCUUGGAGGAGUGCCACCCGCCCGCCAGGUGGUGCGGCACCCCGUGGAGGUAGCAGCUCACCGUGGCCAUGAACUGCUGCAUGCCCCCGCCGUGGGCCCGGGCGUCGAAGCUCCACGAGAGGAUGUGGAGCGGUUCUGAGCCACCGGGAAGCGCUUCGAGCACUGCACGAGCUCCUGCACAUCUGCGAGAUCGGCCCCUGGGCCGCUGGCGUCAGCUCGGCAGCUGGAGGCCCUGGCGCAGCGGGUGCGGCGGAGGCCUCGCGGGCCGACGUCCCGAAGAACACCUGGCCCACCCGGGGCUCCAUGGCCCCAGCGGACACACCGAGGGAGCCCGCGAGGCGGCCUGCAGAAGGGCCCCCCCGAAACACAUGAGGCCAAAUUGCU